AUGGCAUCCAUAGCACCCCCCAGCAACUGGCAAGAUCUUGUCGCCGCCAAGCGUCAUGAAUGCAAGCAGAAGAUCCCCCAGGACUGGCUUCUGAGUGCAGACCUGCUGGCGCUUGCACAUGAAAACCCGCGUCUACUAGACAUUGAUCUUCCUCGUCGCAGUGGUCUACUCUCCGAAGUCGAAUUGGACUUGACGGAAAACUACACUGCAAAUCAAUUAGUGCUCAAGUUAGCGUCGGGGCAGGUCAGCUCAUUGGCUGUUACAACGGCGUUUUGUAAAAGGGCUGCGAUUGCCCAGCAGAUUAUCUCGUGUCUCACAGAGACCUUCUUUCCGCAGGCGCUGGAACGUGCAAAGUACCUGGACGAGUACCUCCAGCGGGAGGGAAAACCCAUUGGCCCCCUGCAUGGUUUACCAAUCAGCAUAAAAGACAGUUUCUGUGUCGAGGGGGUGCAGUCCACCAUCGGAUAUGUCGCAUUUCUCGCGAAUGAACCCUCGAAAACAAACUCAGCGCUCGUAAAGCUGCUGCUGGAACUUGGUGCGGUGCUCUACGUGAAGACCAACAUCCCACAGACAUUGAUGGUAAAAGAUGCCAAAUGGCUCGUGAUAUGCCCAGAACGCAAGUUAACAACCUCCCAGACAGCAGACUCAGAGAAUAACAUCUUCGGCCGCGUCUUGAAUCCACAUAAGACAACCCUGACAGCGGGUGGAUCCAGCGGCGGCGAGGGGGCACUAGUAGCAUUCCGGGGAUCGAUUCUGGGCGUGGGGACUGACAUCGCCGGCUCGAUUCGCAUCCCCGCGCUUUGCUGCGGUGUGUAUGGCUUCAAGCCAACUACCGACCGGAUCCCUUAUGGAGGACAAGUCUCCGGCGUCAUGGAGGGAAUCCCGGGGCUCAUUCCAGUCGCAGGCCCGCUGGCACACAACAUCGCCGAUCUCAAGCUACUGGUGAGUUCCGUCGUCGCUGACGGCCAGGCGUGGAAGUAUGACUCUUCUGCUGUCGGGGUCCCGUGGCAGACCAGCCCGUCUGGCAUCAACGCCAACGAAAGCUUGAUUAUCGGCGUGCUUGCUGAGGAUCCGCAUUUCCCGCUCCAUCCGCCUGUAACGAGGGCUCUAGAUCAGGCGGUUGAGGCCUUGACACGUGCAGGACAUCGCAUUGUCCGACUUGGUGCUGAUGAUGAAGUACAGAAAGUGGCAUAUGCCUCGCGCAUGUCGUGGCAGAUUUUAACCUAUGGCCCGUUCGAGGAUCACCUCGCGGCGAGUGGUGAGCCUGCGGUGACUUCGGUUGCUCGAGGUGCGGGGGGGCCAAUGUCAUCUGGCCCGUUCCCUGUUCCGCAAGGUCUGGGACCGUUUGAGACUAUUCAGGCGUUACAUGUGGCUCGCCAGCGGGUUCUUGAUGUCUGGAGGCAGAUGUGGGUGGAUCAGGAGCUUGAUGUUAUUCUGGCUCCUGGAGCUCAGAGUACAGCUGUGAGCCAUGAUACAUACGGAUGGCCUCAUUAUACGGCGAUAUGGAACGUAUUGGAUUAUCCCGCGUGCAUUAUUCCAUUUGGAAAAGUCUCCAAAGAGCUUGAUCCUGAGCCUAUGACAACAGCGGACGAUGUGCAGCCGGACUAUCACCCAGAUGAGGUAGAUGGCGUCCCGUGCGCUAUCCAGGUCGUCGCACCGCGCUUCCAAGAUGAAAAGUGCCUAUGGGCGGCGGACAUCAUUGACCAGGUUUUAGCCGCUAAUGGCAAGAAGUGA